AUGACUUUGGACGCACCUCCUGAAGACGACCAUCCCAAACGCCGUGCGUCUGAUCAUCCAGACUCACCGGUGUUAUCGAAGAAGCGAGAAGUGAUCGGCGAAAUCGCCAAUCUCAACAUUCAGAGCCCAACGACAAAGGAAGAAACGACCGAGGAAAUCAAACAGCCAUCUCCUUGUUCCAUCUACAGAUAUCUUCGUGACAUGGAGAUGGAUGAGAAUAAGAGGCCAUUAGGUAAUUACAUUGGGACAGUUCAGAAAAGGAUGACAAAUGAUAUGCGUGAAAUUCUGAUUGAUUGGUUAGUGGAGGUUACUGAGGAUUUCAAGCUUAUUUCCGAUACUCUUUAUAUCGGCGUUUCUUACAUCGAUCGUUUCCUCUCUGUUCGUCCUCUCCACAAAAACUACCUCCAGCUUCUCGGAAUUACUGCCAUCCUCAUUGCCUCGAAGCAAGCUGACAUUUCUUCUCCACCGGGGGAACGCUUGUGCUUUAUGACGGAUAAUACUUACACCAUCUCAGAGGUUAUACAGAUGGAGAAGGACGUCCUUCAAUUUUUGAACUCUGAUUUAUGCUAUCCCACCUCUAGAAAUUUUCUCAGAAUUUUCAUCGGAAUUUUUCACAGUCAUACUAGUGCUCUGCGUUGUACCAAGCCAUUCGAUUACUUGGUCGCUAAGAAAUAUGACCAGCAAUUGGAAUUCCUGGCUUGCUAUCUUCUGGAGUUAUGCCUAUUAUCAUCCAAAUGCAUCAAGUUUUUACCUUCCAUAGCUGCUGCUUCUGCCAUAUUUCUGUCCAGGUUUAUACUUGAACCAAAGGAUCACCCUUGGACUCAAGAGUUAGAAUGCCGAUCAGGAUAUAAGGCAAGUGACCUGCAGGAAUGUGUCCUUGCAAUACAUGAUGUGCACUCCAGUAUCUCAGAGUGGCAUGUACAAGCAGUACGGGAAAAGUACAUGAAAUCCAAGUUUCUGAGUAUGGCAUCUUUGACUGCUGGGGAAAUUCCUGCAAAUUAUUUUGAUCCUAUUGAUCAAUAA